CCAAAGACAUUCCCAACCUGUACAGCAUCACAGCCCUGGCCUGGAAGAGGGACGGCUCUCGGCUCUGUGCGGGCACGCUGUGUGGAGGAGUGGAGCAGUUCGACUGCUGCCUGCGACGUACAGUCUACAAAAACAAGUUUGAAAUGACCUAUGUGGGGCCAAGUCAGGUGAUUGUGAAGAACCUCUCCUCGGGGACCCGUGUGGUCCUGAAGUCUCACUACAACUAUGAGGUGGAUGAGGUGAAGAUUAUGGGGAAGGAUCGGUUCCUGGUCGCUCAUACAUCGGACACCUUACUCCUUGGAGACCUGCUUACCAACCGGCUCAGUGAGGUGGCCUGGCCGGGAUCCGGAGGCAAUGAGAAAUUCUUCUUUGAAAAUGAGAAUGUCUGUAUGAUCUUCAAUGCGGGGGAGCUGACCCUGGUGGAGUAUGGAAGCAACGAGAUACUGGGGACUGUGCGUACGGAGUUCAUGAACCCCCAUCUGAUCAGUGUGCGGCUGAACGAGAGGCGACAGCGCGGCACAGAGGACAACAAGAAGCUGGUCUAUCUGAUAGACAUGAAGACCAUCGCUAUAGUGGAUCUGCUGUUGGGUAAUAAUGUGGGCACGGUCAGCCAUGACACCAAGAUCGACUGGUUGGAGCUGAACGAAACCGGCCACAAACUCCUCUUCAGGGAUAAGAAGCUGCGG